AUGAAAGACCUGCGACACGAGUCACCUGGGCCAGCUCCCAUGUUAGCAGCCUUGGAUGUGAAAGACCAGGUGCAUCUAAUCGUGGGCGCAAACCCGCUGGCAGCUGCCCGAUGCACCAAGUGUCUUGACAUCGGGGCAAUUCCCAUUGUCAUUGCGCCUGAAGGUGUGGAAAUUCAUGCACCCCUUCUGCAGAAGGUUGAGGAUGGACGGGUGCGCCAUAUUGGAAGAGAGUUUCAAGAUGAAGAUUUGAAAACCCUGGGAAGAAACGAGGUGGAUAAUUAUGUCGACGCUGUGUUUAUUACUCUUGGGCCUCAGAAUCCUUUGAGCUCUCGCAUAUAUCAUCUUUGCCGUCGGUUAAGGAUACCAGUAAAUGUCUCAGAUGCUCCAGAUCUUUGCACAUUUACACUACUCUCCACUUACUCUGAUGGCCCGCUUCACAUUGGCAUCACGACCUCUGGCAGAGGCUGCAAAUUAGCUGCCCGCAUACGGCGGGAAAUAGCCGCCUAUCUCCCAUCUGGACUCGGCGCCGCCGUUGAAACACUCGGCACAGUUAGGAGACGUAUCUGGGAAGAAGACCAUAGCCCAGAUAUAGCUCCUGAAAAUCUGCCAUUCGAGGCUGAUGACUCGACCGCUCAGAAACAUACCUUCAACUCACUCGUGACGUCUGAGGAGAGCGAGGCUGCUAAAACUCGUAGAAUGCGUUGGCUGUCUCAAAUAUGUGAAUAUUGGCCGCUUCGUCGGUUAGCCUCAAUCACGGGUGCUGAUAUGGAAGCCAUACUUGGAGCUUAUCGAUCGACGAGCGGCACAGCCUCUUCCACGUUGGAAGACGGCCUACCUUUACCACCAAAGAAAGGAAAAAUCAUCCUUGCAGGAUCCGGACCUGGGCACCCGGACCUUCUUACUAAAGCAACACACAACGCGAUCAAAAAUGCAGAUCUCAUCUUAGCCGACAAAUUGGUUCCGGCCCCCGUGCUAGAUCUUAUCCCUCGACGAACGGAAGUCCAUAUCGCCCGGAAAUUCCCUGGGAACGCCGAUAAGGCGCAAGAAGAAUUACUCGAAAUGGGCAUAACUGCCCUGCGAGCAGGUAGAACGGUGCUAAGGCUGAAGCAAGGUGACCCAUAUCUGUACGGCCGUGGAGCCGAAGAGUACGACUUCUUCAGAAGGGAGGGAUAUAUUCCCGCUGUUCUUCCAGGAAUCACCAGUGCAUUGAGCGCGCCACUCUUUGCGGAUAUACCCGCGACGCACCGCGGUGUUGCCGACCAAGUAUUGAUAUGCACUGGCACGGGGCGCAAAGGAGCAGCACCAGAGCCACCUAGCUAUGUACCUACACAGACGGUGGUUUUCUUGAUGGCGCUGCACAGACUCUCUUCUCUCAUCGAAUCACUUACUAGUCGUGCUGAAGGGGACGAGAGUGCUGCGUCCCGAGUCCUAUGGCCGAAGGAUACCCCCUGCGCGGUGAUUGAGAGAGCGUCAUGCGCAGAUCAAAGAGUUAUACGGUCAACGCUUGAACAUGUCUGUUUGGCCGUUCAGGAGGAAGGAUCGAGACCGCCAGGACUUCUUGUUGUUGGUGCGAGCUGCGGGGUGCUUCAUCCGCUCACGAGUGCAAAAUGGACAGUUGAGGAUGGGUUAAGAUGGAAAGAUGGCUAUUAUUAA